AUGCAUCUGCCUGCUCACUUGCUGUUCCGAUACUCCCCACCACAGAAGUGUCUCUCUUCUUGCCACUUCAACAGACACAGCUGUUUUGUUGGCUUUCUUCACCACCCUGUGGAUGACACUGAGAAACAACACUUAUCAAGUAAAUAUUUUGCUGAGAAGAAUUGUCUUUUACCUGGUGGUCUACCUUACGAGUACUUAGUUCUGAAAAACUUCCCUGCUAAAACUGCCUUUUUUAACUUUAUUAUUCAUGCCUUUAUGCCACAUUCAGGAUUUUUGGUCAUAUAUUUCCUGGCACAUGUGUAG